CAGAGGGCGGAGCCUGCGGAAGUCCUGACGGAAAGGUCUUUUUGUUUGGGCCGCUGAGAGAGAGUCGACACUUUGGCUUGAUUCCCCUGGUUAAUAACCGUUUUUUAUCUGCAUAACAUUCGGGUGUCUUUUAUGAGUAAUCAAAAGCAGCAAAAGCCGACGCUAACUGGCCAGCGGUUCAAAACGAGGAAAAGAGAUGAAAAGGAGAGAUUUGACCCUACUCAGUUUCAAGAAAGUAUCGUACAAGGCUUGAAUCAAACUGGCUCUGAUUUGGAAGCGGUUGCGAAAUUCCUUGAUGCCUCUGGCGCCAAGCUUGACUACCGUCGCUAUGCAGAGACUCUCUUUGACAUCCUGGUGGCUGGCGGGAUGCUGGCCCCGGGCGGGACUCUAUCCGAUGACUUGACCCGCACGGAGUUCUGCCUCUUCACGGCACAAGAAGACCUGGAAACAAUGCAAGCAUACGCUCAGGUUUUUAACAAGCUGAUCCGGCGUUACAAGUACCUGGAGAAGGGUUUCGAAGAGGAGAUCAAGAAGUUGCUGCUGUUUCUUAAAGGGUUCACUGAGUCAGAGCGCAACAAACUGGCCAUGCUGACCGGCAUCCUGCUGGCCAACGGCAACAUAUCAGCCUCCAUCCUUAACAGCCUCUACAACGAGAACCUCGUCAAAGAGGGAGUAUCUGCAGCCUUCGCUGUCAAGCUGUUCAAGUCAUGGAUCAAUGAAAAGGACAUCAACUCUGUUGCUGGCAGUCUACGCAAAGUCGGCAUGGACAACAGGCUUAUGGAACUCUUUCCUGCCAACAAACGGAGUUGCGAGCAUUUUUCUAAGUACUUCACCGACGCCGGGCUCAAGGAGUUGUCCGACUUCGCCCGCAACCAGCAAUCCAUUGGCGCGCGCAAAGAGCUGCAGAAGGAGCUGCAGGAGCAGAUGGCCCGCGGCGACCCUCAGAAGGAGAUUAUCGCCUUCACCAAAGAGGAGAUGAAGAAGUCCAACCUGUCGGAGCAGGCCAUGAUCAACAUCAUCUGGACCAGCGUGAUGAGCUGCGUGGAGUGGAACAAGAAGGAAGAGCUGGUGACCGAACAAGCCAUCAAACACUUGAAGCAAUACAGCCUCCUGCUGAAAGCCUUCACCUCCCAGGGUCUGUCCGAGCUCAGCCUGCUGCUAAAGAUCCAGGAGUACUGCUACGACAACAUCCACUUCAUGAAGGCCUUCCAGAAGAUCGUGGUGCUCCUCUACAAAGCGGAUGUUCUGAGUGAAGAGGCCAUACUGAAGUGGUACACAGACGCCCACGUUGCCAAGGGGAAGAGCGUCUUCCUCGAGCAGAUGAAAAAAUUCGUGGAGUGGCUGAAGAAUGCUGAGGAAGAGUCAGAGUCGGAGGAAGAAGAGACCGACUAAAACCUCCACCGCCAGAUGAGCUCUUUUUCUGCCCUUUUUCUUUUUUAUAUAUAUAUAUAUAUAUAUAUAUAU